AUGGCCGGAGACUUCUUCCAGCUAUCUCCAGUUCCGAACGCAGAAUACAGAGAUUACAGCCACUACCGCUUCAUGUCGCCCGUCUUCAGCAGUUUCCCACAUACAAUAGAGCUGGACCAGGUACUUCGCCAGCAAGAUGAUACCUUGAUCAGCUGUAUCAACCAGCUCGCUAGAGGCCAGUUGCUAUCAGACACCUCGUUGUCUCUCUUAACAGAGGUAUCUCGCCCUCUGUACCAAUCACAGGACACCAUUGUUUGUCUUGUAAGAAAUUAUGAAGCAGAUGUCUUCAACGCUGAAAAGCUGGGCCAGCUCCAGGGUGAGCCUACAAUUUCGACUGCAAAGGACAGUGCAGACUUGCGCACGUUGAAGAGGUCCAGAGUACCUAAACACGUCGCGUCAAAACUCGGUGCACCUGUGGUUUUGACGGCCAAUCUGGCAGACACCUUGUUUAAUGGCCUUCUGAGAAGAGUACAUGCGAUAUCGUCGGCAGGGCCUCUCAUAAAAUUUGACAUUAACGGCUGUGAUGAGGCUACUCCCAUCACACCUCACCUAUUCUCCAUGUACUCUCCUACAGAACAGAAGGUCACUGCUACAAGGAAGCAACUGCCAUUGCUUCUGGCAUUUGGCAUGGCGAUCCACAAGUGCCAGGGCAUAACAUUGCCAUCUGUGGAGGUGCACUGCAAGCACAUUUUUGCACCUGGCCAACUCGGAGUUGCCGUCGGUAGAGCCACGCACAGGGAUGGUCUUCGCGUGGUUGGCUUCACAUCAAACUGCGCGAAGGAACAUCACCAGGCUGUCAUUGACUUUUACCAGCAACUAGUCAAUGCCGACACUCAAGGUCUCUCUGCCAGGUUUGCGACACCGGUGCACUCCCUCAACAUGUCGAAGAAGACGGCGACAACACAUCCACCACCGGCGGUGCUGAGCUAUCUGGCCACGUGCCUGAGGCGGCCCCUCCCAGUGACUGAAGAACUCACACGCUGUGUAAGCACAUAUGGACAGUGA